ACCAAAUGUUGGCUUGACGGCUGCCACUGCAAUCCCCUGCAUUGGUUCCUUACUACGUGUCCCAUUCUCUGCCAGCAUUGCGACGCUCGUACUCCGCUAAUCGUUUCUAUAAGCACACCUCACCACCUGCACAGCUUUGGGUCGCCUUUGACUGUCGGAGCUUGCGUAUUAGGACAGCUUUGCGACAAUGGCCAGCGGGAUGUCCAACGAUCCUUAUGACGACGACCACGCGGUCCUCGAUGAUGACUUUCUCAAUGAUGAGGUCGAACCGGAUGAGCCUGCAACCACAUCCGACCGCGCACCACUGACAGGCAACAUCCAGUCUUCUUCGUCAAGCGCCCCCCUGAAUCAGAGCUACCUGACCUCGAGAAUACCGGGUGAAGAUCGACGUGCUCCUCAAAACACAAUUGAUGAGAGCGUAUGGGAUACCGUCUCUCGAGAUCUUUUGGCCGUAUGGGAGAAAAUGAAACAAGUCCUCUGGCCCAAAUAUCUACUAGGUGGUAUGCUACAGAGGCAAGGAAACGGCAUGGGAGAUGUCGAAAGUCAGGGCUUCGGUAGAGAUCUGCGUGGCCUUGUAGGACGAUGGCCUGAUGCAGACGGUAUCCUACAAGGAGCAAUGAGUGAGGGUCUCCGGGAUUGGGAUCUUUGGGGUCCUCUGAUAUUCUGCUUGCUUCUGAGCGUGUUCCUGUCGAUGCACAAAGGCGAUCAAAGCGAUCUAGUGUUCUCUGGAGUCUUCUCAAUGAUCUGGAUCGGCGAGGCUGUGGUUACACUCCAGAUCAAACUGCUCGGCGGCAACAUCUCCUUCAUGCAAUCGGUCUCCAUUAUCGGGUAUACGCUGUUUCCCCUAACCAUCGCCUCGCUCUUCAGUGCCUUUGGUCUACCUAUGAUCGCCCGCAUUCCAGUCUACAUUGUGCUUGUUGCAUGGUCGUUGGCAGCGGGAGUCAGCAUCCUUGGAGGCUCGGGAGUGGUCAAGAACCGGGUUGCCUUAAGUGUAUACCCGUUGUUUGUAUUCUAUGUUGGCCUGGGAUGCCUCUGCUUUAUUAGUUAGUCUCCCAGAGACCAGCGGCGGUCAUACGGGUAAUGCUACUCUUAAUCGAAUACGGCUGUAAAACAGGACUUCUAUCAGAGAAGGAUGAACAGGUGGACUCAAUAUAUUC